AUGAUAACUAUCAAAUUGCGAGAGAAUAGCAAAGACAUUUUCACUUCAGUGUAUCCAGAAACGACGAUCCGUGAUAUCAAAAUGAAUUCAUAUCCGAUGCAGUGGUCUCGAGGAGACAAUAUUGCAUUUCUGUUUAUGGGACAAGAACUUGAAGACAACCACACUGCUUUUGAGUCUGGUCUCCAAGAAGGGUCCUGUGUCGUUGUAAAUUUCUUCAGAAACAUGGGCGGCGCCCAACGAAGUGUUCCGACUUACAGAAACUACCAAAAUCAACGAGCUGAACAAGCAAUGGAGAAUUCUGAAGAGUGUAUGGAUGUGUUACUUCAAUGUGUGACACCAUCAACGCUUUAUGCCUUUGUGGGACUCCUCUUCUUGAUUAUCAUGGUUAUCAGAAUAUUGGUUCCAGAGAUCUUCACCGUGGCCUCCGAUUUGGUCAUCACGUGUCUCCUUCUUUUUUACCUCUUCGCGCUCAUCAAGAUGUUCGUUAUCAGAGGAUGA